ACUCCAUUGUCGCUGCUUCUCCUCGUUAACGCGCCGCCGUGGAGAGAGAAAAUAGUAUGGAGGAUAUCGAGGAUUUGUUGGCCGGAGGAACCGGUGGUGCACCACCAGGUUUCCGAUUACCGUUGAAUGCGGUCGGGAUCAAUCCGAAGACGAUUAAGAGUAAACGUAGUAGCUCGAAACAGCAUGAAUUCACCGCUUCGAAUCGUGACUCGCUUGCUCCACCAUCUUUGAAGAUUCCCGGAACUCAGACAAUUUACAUCAAGACAUUUGGAUGUUCCCAUAACCAGAGUGACAGUGAGUAUAUGGCUGGUCAGCUUACUGCAUUUGGCUAUGCGUUGACAGAAGUCCCAGAGGAUGCUGAUCUGUGGCUCAUUAACACCUGUACUGUGAAAUCCCCUAGUCAGUCUGCAAUGUCUACUCUGAUAUCGAGGGGUCGAAGUGGGAAAAAGCCUCUUGUGAUAGCCGGAUGUGUUCCUCAGGGAAGUCGUGACCUUAAAGAACUAGAAGGCGUCAGUGUAGUUGGAGUCCAACAGAUUGAUCGUGUUGUUGAGAUUGUUGAAGAAACUCUUAAAGGCCAUGAAGUGCGGCUGCUGAAUCGGAAGACUUUGCCUGCGCUUGAUCUACCAAAGGUGCGGAAGAACAAUUUUAUCGAGAUUCUCCCCAUUAACGUUGGCUGUUUGGGUGCCUGUACUUACUGCAAGACCAAGCACGCCCGUGGUCACUUAGGAAGCUACACAGUGGACAGUCUUGUGGAGCGGGUGAGAACUGUAAUAUCUGAAGGAGUCAAGGAGAUUUGGCUGAGUAGCGAGGACACUGGAGCAUAUGGUCGUGACAUAGGAGUGAAUCUUCCAAUACUGCUUAAUGCUAUUGUUAAGGAGCUUCCUUCUGAUCGAAGCACGAUGUUAAGGAUUGGGAUGACAAAUCCUCCCUUUAUUCUUGAGCAUUUGAAAAAAAUAGCAGCUGUUUUACGCCACCCAUGUGUCUACACCUUUCUUCAUGUCCCUGUGCAAUCUGGCAGUGAUUCUGUGUUGACGGCCAUGAACAGGGAAUAUACAUCGGGUGAAUUCAGAACCGUGGUAGACACCUUAACAGAACUUGUGCCAGGAAUGCAAAUUGCUACAGACAUAAUAUGCGGCUUUCCUGGCGAAACCGAUGAGGAUUUUUCUCAAACAGUUGAGCUUAUCAAGGAUUACAAGUUUGCCCAAGUUCAUAUUUCUCAGUUUUACCCAAGACCAGGGACCCCAGCAGCAAAGAUGAAGAAGGUACAAAGUAAGAUUGUGAAGCAACGAAGCCGUGAAUUGACUUGUGUCUUCGAGGCUUUUGCACCUUACACCGGAAUGGAGGGCAAAGAAGAGAGGAUUUGGAUAACCGAAAUAGCUACUGAUGGAGUCCAUUUGGUUGGGCAUACCAAAGGAUAUAUACAAGUCUUAGUUACUGGACCAGAAAGUAUGCUUGGGACAUCAGCUAUAGCGAGGAUAACAUCUGUGGGGAGAUGGUCAGUGUUUGGGGAAGUGAUUGAGACAUUAAGCACUGCAAAGGUAGAACCACAAGCCCGAGAGGAGAAAAAACCGCCUUGUUCGUCUGAUGCUAUUACUUGCGAGACUUGCACUUGCUCUGCUGAGAGCUGUGGAGAAGAGAAAUCAGGAGACGCCUGCAACAUUUCUGGAAGUAUUACAAGACAGGAUCAAGGCAUGCUUGGAUGGUUUAUGCCAAGGAGAACGCAAGGAAAGUCAAAAGAAGAGAAGCAAGAACUCGUAUCACAUUGGGGUUUCAUUGAUAAAGCACUUGUAUGUGGAGUGUUCGUAAGCUCUCUCACCAUUCUUGUUUUGUUGAUUAGCAUCGCGUCUAGAGUUUUGCUGCAGCGGUGAAUCUCUCUCUGUGUCAGCUGUACAAGGAACUGAUGAUCUAGUUUUUUGACUUUUUUUUUUUUUUUUUGUAUUUUACCUGACUCGGAAAGAUUAUCCCGUUAUGCCUUUUGCUUUAAAUAGACACUUCUUAUUUCUGAUUUUAUAA